AUGGAUCAUCACGACUGGCAGCGAGGCAGAAGCAGAGGUCACAGGUGCUACGACGACGAUGACGAGGCCCAGCCGGUCUACAUCGGAGUUCCCGCCGCCCACAGAAGGAAAAGGCGCAGACAUCAUUCGUACGUCAGUGACCCUGAACGCAACACGCGGCACACACACUACGAUCACCACACACACCGCGAGCACUCGCACCGGGGGUUUUACCACGACAGAGAGGAGCACUACGACGAAGACGAGGGCAGUCCAGAGCGUCAUGCAGAGCACGCCGACCCCUCAGUGUCUCCUGCAGCGGAGCGACUGCGUCACAUACUGGGGGAGGAUGACAGCACCCCGACACCCACAAUAUUCACUGAGAUGGACACACUGCAGCAUGAGGGGGACGAGUUAGAGUGGAAAGAGUCUGCAAGGUGGGUGAAGUUUGAGGAGAAGGUGGAGGAGGGAGGAGAAAGAUGGAGCAAGCCUCACGUGUCCACGCUGACCCUCCACAGCCUGUUUGAGCUCAGGACCUGCCUGCAGACAGGAAGCAUUCUGCUCGACCUGGAGGGCUACUCGCUGCCGCAGAUCGUGGAUGACAUUGUGGAUCGGCAGAUAGCUGAUGGUCUCAUUCCUCCGGAUCUGAAGGAGAAGAUCAGCUUCGUGCUGCUCAGGAAGCAUCGCCACCAGACCAAGAAACCAAUCCACCGCUCGCUGGCGGACAUCGGAAAGUCCUCCAACGCUGCUUCCAAUCGUAGUCCUCAGGUUAAUCUGAAUCGUAGCACUAGUUCAGCUUCUGGGAUCCACCGCUCCACAGAAGACCUACGCUCUCGGCAGUCAAGCAGCCUUGGCCGCCUGCAUCAUGCCCAGAGCCGAAGCAUGAACGAUAUUUCAGACACGCCGAGCACAGACCAGCUCAAGAACAAGUUCAUGAAGAAGAUUCCCCGUGAUGCCGAAGCGUCCAAUGUCCUGAUUGGUGAGGUGGAUUUCUUGGACAAACCCUUCGUCUCCUUCGUACGUUUGGCUCAGGCCACGACGCUCGGAGGCCUCACCGAAGUCCCUGUGCCAACAAGGUUCCUCUUCAUUCUGCUGGGUCCUCAUGGCAAAACCAAGUCCUACAAUGAGAUUGGCAGAGCCAUCGCUACACUCAUGGUGGAUGAUCUGUUCAGUGAUGUCGCCUACAAAGCCAGGGACCGUGAAGACCUGAUUGCAGGCGUUGAUGAGUUUCUGGAUGAGGUGAUCGUCCUGCCUCCGGGGGAAUGGGACCCAAAAAUACGCAUCGAACCUCCAAAGAAGGUUCCAUCGGCAGAUAUGAGGAAGUCAGUGCUGAACCUGAACGAGCUGGGUCAAAUGAACGGUUCGGCCGGCGGGGCAGCUGGAGGAGAAGAUGAGGAGUUUCCAGCCCCACAUGAGCUUGGAGAGGAGCUGAAAUUCACUGGGAGGGUUGGAGGUGGACUGUGGCUGGACAUAAAGCGGAAGAUCCCGUGGUAUUGCAGCGAUAUCUAUGACGGCUUCCAUAUCCAGUCCAUCUCUGCUGUGCUCUUCAUCUACCUGGGCUGCAUCACCAAUGCCAUCACCUUUGGAGGACUGCUCGGAGAUGCUACAGACAACUACCAGGGAGUGAUGGAGAGCUUCCUUGGCACAGCUUUAGCAGGGACUGUCUUCUGUUUGUUUGGCGGGCAGCCCCUCAUCAUCCUCAGUUCAACUGGACCCAUUCUCAUCUUUGAGAAGCUGCUUUACGAAUUCAGCAAGAACAACGAUGUGGACUACAUGGAGCUUCGCCUGUGGAUCGGCCUCCACUCGUGUCUGCAGUGUUUUCUGCUGGUGCUGUCAGACGCCAGCUACAUCAUCAAGUACAUGACCCGCUUCACAGAGGAGGGUUUCUCCAGCCUCAUCUCCUUCAUAUUCAUCUCUGACGCCAUCAAGAAGAUGGUAGGAGCCUUGAAGUAUUACCCAAUCAACCGUGGCUUCAAACCCGACUACAUCACUUCCUACAAGUGUGAAUGUGUGGCACCAGACCAGGCAUCUGCGCUGGGCUUGAAUGUUUCAGCUCCACUCGCAGACGAUAACAUGACUCUGCUGUUUAACUUGACAGACCAGGACUGGAGCCAGCUGAGUAAGAAAGAGUGUGUGAAGUACGGCGGUUCUCUGGUGGGGAGCUCCUGUAAGUAUGUUCCAGACCUGGCCCUCAUGUCCUUCAUCCUCUUCUUCGGCACCUACUCCAUGACCGUGUCUCUCAAGAAGUUCAAGUUCAGCCGCUACUUCCCGACGAAGCUCCGUACCCUCAUCAGUGACUUUGCCAUCAUCAUUUCCAUCCUGCUCUUCUGUGGACUGGACUGCCUGCUGGACCUGGACACCCCCAAACUGCACGUGCCCACUAAGCUCAAGCUGAGGAAGCUAAUCAGUGACUUUGCCAUCUUCAUGUCAAUCUUGUGCUUUGUGGGUCUGGAUAUGUUGAUGGGGUUAGACACACCCAAACUAAUCGUUCCGACUGAGUUCAAGCCCACGCGUGCUGAUCGCGGCUGGCUGGUGAUGCCGUUCGGUAAGAACCCCUGGUGGUGGUAUCUGGCCAGCGCCGUUCCUGCCCUGCUGGUCACCAUCCUGAUCUUCAUGGACCAGCAGAUCAGCGCCGUCAUUGUCAACCGCAAAGAAAACAAGCUGAAGAAAGGCUGUGGCUACCACCUGGACCUGUUGUGGGUGGGGAUCCUGAUGGCUGUGUGCUCCUUCAUGGGUCUGCCCUGGUACGUCGCAGCGACUGUCAUCUCCAUCGCACACAUCGACUCUCUGAAGAUGGAGAGCGAGUCCAGCGCCCCUGGAGAGCAGCCACAGUUCCUGGGAGUCAGGGAGCAGCGGCUGACGGGUACGCUGGUGUUCGUUCUGACCGGACUCUCCGUCUUCCUCGCUCCUGUUCUGCAGUUCAUCCCCAUGCCAGUCCUGUACGGAGUCUUCCUUUACAUGGGGGUGGCCUCGCUGAGCGGCAUCCAGUUCUGGGAGCGGAUCAAGUUGUAUCUGAUGCCCGCCAAACACCAGCCAGACUUCUCCUUCCUGCGUCACGUCCCUCUGAGACGCGUCCAUCUCUUCACCCUCGUCCAGAUGGUCUGUUUGGCUGUCCUCUGGAUCCUGAAGUCCACCUUCCUCGCCAUCAUCUUCCCAGUGAUGAUCCUGGGUCUGAUGGUCGUCCGGAAGCUGCUGGACCUGAUGUUCUCCCAACACGACUUGGCCUGGCUGGACGACAUCCUGCCAGACAAAGACAAGAAGAAGAAGGAGGAUGACAAGAAGAAGAAGAAGAAGGCAGCAGAGCCAGAGAGCGAUGAGGAGGAGACCAACCCGUACUCGACAGUCACGUCCGAUCAGACUGAGUUAGAGCGCAGCAUCACUCUGCACCUGAAGAUCUCCUGUCCCCCCUCACCUGCCCACUCCCAGACGAGCCUUGCCCCCGGGGACCCUCCGUCGCACGUGCCUCCACGCCAGCCCGUGCCCCAGGUCAGCAUCCAGGUGGAGUCAGACUGCGAGGAGUCUGGUUCCGACUCCACCCACCACUACCACGACCACCACCACCGCCUUUCCCCCCCUCACGACCUGCCUCCACCUGGAAUACGCAGAGACUUUGACCGGAAGCUGCGUGCUCACUUUGGUGGCUCGUGUGCCGAGACCAUCCUGUAGACACACAGCAGGGGCGGAGCAAAGAGCUGCACCCUCUUCUCCAUGUGUCGCUUUAAACCCCACUUUUAGAGGCUGAUGCUAAUCAUCUCGCAGCAAGCGCUCUUUCUUAAUUGGAUUUUAGCAGGUGUGUGUCUGUGCUCAGGUGA